CAUUUCUUGCAAUUAUUGACAGAUUGAAUAACAUUGAGACAUUACCCUCAAAGAAAUGCACACUUUGCUAAAUUGUUUCUAAAAAUAGUUCAUUCCACAUGAAAGGUCAUUGAAUAUUGUCGAAAAAACUUCACCAUCUGGGAAAUUGUUAUUGAAGUCGAUACAGGUACCUAACGCGCACUUUGUACUCUUAUCGCCAUGACGAGACGUGUUUGUGCCGUCGAAGAAACCUCUUCAACACGCUCCACCUAACUCUUUUUGAUGAGUUAAUUGAUUUAUACCUGCAACCUUUAUUCUCAAUCCUUGAAAUCAUCUGUACAGUAGUUGAUCCAAGUUGAUCCUCUGCUCCCGAUGCGGGGAAUGCUCUAGCGGGCUCAGCGAUGCCGACCCCCAUUGCAUCACGUAGCGUCGGCACUUGAUACCGGAGGGUAUUUACUCGAUUCAUGCUGCUGUUGUACUCGUGCGGAACCUAUUAGCCCGGCAAGGUAAGUAGAGAUUUAGCACGCUUGAAUCUAAUAAGUAGGUAGGUAUCUACCCGGAACCUCUCAAGCAUUACCACCUUGAAUAUUGUCAAUGUCGGAAAGUUGAUAUAAAUAACUUCUGUUCGCUAUACAUAUUUCUAUAUUCCGGUGUUAUAGCAUAAUAUCGAACAUGGAGAGUUUUGAAUAUAAUUCUAGUCCCGCUCGUAUCGUCUUCGGGAGUGGCACUAUCAAAAAGGUUCCAGAAGAGCUUCGACGAGCAAAUGUAUCUAAGCCUUUUCUUCUCAGCACGCCUCAGCAGGUGAGCCAUAUCGACUUACUCAGGGGUGUUCUCGGAGAUGUCAUCUCUGGAGUAUUUACUGAAGCAACAAUGCAUACUCCAGUCGAAGUGACUGAGAGGGCGCUUGAGCAAGUUAAGUCCUCAGGGGCCGACUCCAUUAUUUCUAUCGGAGGUGGUAGCACAGUGGGCUUGGGAAAAGCACUCAGCAUUCGGACAGGUCUCUUUCACUUGACUAUUCCUACAACCUAUGCUGGUAGUGAGGUUACGCCAAUUUUGGGUGAGACGGAUGCUGGAAGGAAGACAACAAGAUCCGAUCCGAAGAUAUUGCCCCGCACAGUCGUUUAUGAUGUUGAUCUCACCAUGACCCUUCCAGUUGGUCUUACCGCUACAAGUGGCGUUAAUGCCAUCGCGCAUGCCGUCGAAGCGCUGUAUGCUCGCAAUACCAACCCGGUUAUUAAUCUCCUUGCUCAAGAAGGGGUAAAGGCUCUUGCAAGCUCUCUCCCUGUCCUGGUCUCCGAUCCGUCGUCGCAAGAAGCACGCUCAUCUGCUUUAUAUGGCGCAUGGCUUUGCGGUACUUGUCUCGGCAGUGUCGGGAUGUCUAUCCAUCACAAGCUCUGCCAUACCCUAGGAGGCAGUUUUAACCUCCCGCACUCUCAGACCCAUACCAUAGUCCUACCACAUGCAUUGUCAUAUAAUGCCCCGAAGGUUCCUGGGGCAAUGGAAGCGUUGGCCGCCGCACUACCGGAGAGUGAAGGCGACGCCACGAGGGGACUUAAUAUUCUCUUACAGAAGUUGAAAGUAGAGAGGGGACUGAAGGCUUUAGGGAUGCAAGAGAGCGACAUAGAUAAGGCAGCAGACAUAGCAGUGAGCAACCCCUAUUGGAACCCUCGCCCUAUCGAAAGGGAACCGAUAAGAGAGCUGAUCCGACGAGCUUGGGCUGGAGAAGAGGCAAGAGUCGAUUUGUAAUACGGAUAAUUGGAUGGUGUUGUGCCCCUAUCUCGUAUGAAUAUGCCGAAUAUAGUAGUCCCUCAGAUCUCGCAAGAUGUGAUCCGAAAAUAUUAGAUAUAUUCGAAUUCAUUAACUAUCUCGAAA